GCACUGUGCAGCUGUGGUCCAGUACAUAAAGAUAACCAGAAGAUACUCAUAACUUCUAUUUCCUUCAUCAAUUCGAUACAUGAAUUCAUUAUUUAGUAAUGCGGGCGUCAUUGCGGAAGGGUGGCGUUACGUACCUACCUUAAAGUAGGUACUUGACUUCCAAUCAUCUCUUUAUAAUCAACCUAUCACCUAUCAUGAUCGCCUUGAGAUGAGUCUGAUCAACAUUUUCAUAGAUACUCUAUGAUUAAAACUAUCAUGGCUACCCAAAAUCCCCCACAAACAAUACCGAAUCUUAAGGACAAGAUCCCCAAGUUAGAGCCGCGCCGUCGACGGCCUCCACCAUCAAACCCCCUUCCACCACCAGAAACGCCUGCUUUACCGCCACCACCAGAUCCUUCAUCUCAUUCAUUCCAGGUUCCCACCCGGCGAAUCCUAUCUACCGAGGAUCAUAAACUCUUCCUCUCAUCACAAACUCGCACCCUCAUUCUAGCAUUUGUCUUCGGCCUCGCAGAUGCCGUAGUAGACACUCCUAUAUCAGCUAUCAAGGAUGACGACUGCAGUCCCAUCAUUAAAUCUAUCAUCGGUGUUCUCGAUGAGGUCGAAGCACUAGUUCUAGCCACCCCUCCCGACGAUGCCGACGGAUCGCGGUUUGGAAACAAGGUUUUCCGUACUUUUCUUGACAAGGCCAAAGCUACCAGUCCGUCUUGGCAUGAGAAGCUCGGUCUGACUUCCCAAGAUGCUAUCUCAGAGGUCGAGACGUACCUUAACCAGUCUUUUGGCAACCGGACCAGAAUAGACUAUGGCUCAGGUCAUGAAUUAAAUUUCAUAAUAUGGCUGCUAUGCUUGUAUCAGCUUCAGAUUGUGAAAAGAGCUGAUUUCAAAGCACUGGUCCUCAAGGUCUUUACCCGGUACCUAGAGCUUAUGCGAACAAUUCAAUCAACAUACUAUCUCGAGCCAGCUGGUUCCCAUGGCGUUUGGGGUCUAGACGACUACCAAUUCCUACCAUUUCUUUUCGGGGCCAGCCAGCUUCUCCAUCAUCCUUUUAUCACCCCAAUGGCGAUACACCAGGAACUAACCCUGGAAGAAUUUGGCCACGACUUCAUGUAUCUUGGUCAGGUGAACUUUGUUAACAGCACAAAGACCGUCAAAGGCCUACGUUGGCAUAGCCCGAUGCUAGACGACAUCUCGUCGGCGAAGAACUGGUCCAAGAUUGAGGGCGGUAUGAGAAGGAUGUUUGUCGAAGAGGUGCUCAAAAAGUUGCCAGUGAUGCAACACUUUCUCUUCGGUUCACUGGUCCCUGCCGUAGAGGGCAUGAGUACCGAGUCCGAAGCAGGCGUAUCGAAUGAAGAAAACGAUCCCGAAGGUGGAGGAGUGGUUGUUGAACACGAUGGAGUGAAACACGUGCACAAUGGUAGUAGCUGGGGCGAUUGCUGUGGUAUUAAGGUGCCCAGUGCAAUCGCCGCGUCCCAGGCGAUGCGGAAACAAGGUGCUGGGGAGCUACGCCGGAUACCGUUUGAUUAGGUCCCCGGUUGCUCCUAAGAAGAUGAAGACGAUGUUAUGAUAAAAUAUAAGGACAGGAGAUCCUGAUACCUCAAUAAACCUUCACGAUUGCGAUACUUUAUACUACGAUAUCAAGGCGCAAUAUCCAGUGUUAUAAUUCCAAUUAGUAGUGUCUUCUUGAACGACACAUAUAUCAUAACUAUGACAAAUUUAACCGAUAUUAUUCACAACCCGGCAACUCAACUGAACAGCUACGAAAGCAACCAGAACUGGGAUCUUAUUUAAUAACGUACCCAACCUUCAAA